AUGCUGCAUUUUGCCAGUGAGUGUAUCCGUGAGGCACUUGCUAUGUCCACCUGGGGCCCGUCUGCCAUUCUGGAGCUGGGAGUAGAAAGCACCUACUGCGGGGGAGUCUCAUGGGGACGACGUGCCCAACCCAUUGCAGCCAAUCAAGGACGGUCAGAACCUCGAUACCUGGUUGAGGACGUUGGUGCGUCUGUCUUCCCAGUGGAUUGGCAGGAUCUUGCGCAGACAGCUCCUGAAGGUCUGUUUCAGCGCGCCAUUGCUCAGAGUGGCACCGCCAUCUCCAGCUGGUCGGUCAACUACCAACCAGCCAAGUACACCCGUAUCCUGGCCAAGAAGGUGGGCUGCAAUUUCCCGGAGACCGUUGACGUGGUGGAGUGCUUGCGGCGGAAGUCUUACCGUGAGCUGGUCGACCAGGACAUCCAACCCACCCGGUACCACAUCGCCUUCGGGCCUGUCGUCGACGGCGACGUGCUCCCGGAUGACCCCGAGAUCCUGAUGGAGCAGGGCGAGUUCCUCAACUACGACAUCCUGCUGGGGGUGAACCAGGGCGAGGGCUUCAAGUUUGUGGAGUCCCUGGUGGACAACGAAGACGGCAUCUCAGCCAGCUACUUCGACUUUGCCGUGUCCAACUUCGUGGACAACCUGUACGGGUACCCAGAGGGCAAGGACAUCCUGCGGGAGACCAUCAAGUUCAUGUACACCGACUGGGCAGACCGUGACAAUGGCGAGAUGCGUCGCAAGACCCUGCUGGCGUUGUUCACCGACCACCAGUGGGUGGCGCCGGCCAUCGCUACCGCCCGGCUCCACGCCGAGUACCAGUCCCCCACCUAUUUCUACACCUUCUACCACCACUGCCAGAGCGAGAUGAAGGCGGUGUGGGCUGAUGCUGCGCACGGCGACGAGAUCCCGUACGUCUUCGGGAUCCCCAUGAUCGGUGUCACUGAGCUCUUCCCCUGUAACUUCUCCAAGAACGAUGUCAUGCUCAGUGCCGUGGUGAUGACCUACUGGACCAACUUUGCCAAGACCGGAGACCCCAACAAGCCGGUCCCCCAAGACACCAAGUUCAUCCACACCAAGCCCAACCGCUUCGAGGAGGUCGCCUGGACCAAGUUCAACUCCAAGGAGAAGCCCUACCUCCACAUCGGCCUGAAGCCGCGGAUCCGGGAGCAUUACCGUGCCAACAAAGUGGCAUUCUGGCUGGAGCUGGUCCCCCACCUCCACAACCUGCACGAGCUCCUCCAGUACACCUCCACCACUACCAGGAGCCCUCUGGAAGAGCCCUUCAUGACCAAGCGGGCCCACGGCAAAGGCUGGACGGUCACCACCAAACGGCCGUUUGUCACCUCGCCCCCCGAGCAGGAGCACACCGACCACCCGCCCAACUACGCCCGCCUGCCCAAGGACUCGCGGGACUACUCCACGGAGCUGAGCGUGACCGUGGCGGUGGGGGCCUCGCUGCUCUUCCUCAACAUCCUGGCAUUCGCCGCCCUCUACUACAAACGGGACAAGAGGCAUGAGCUCCACCGCCGGCUCAGUCCCCAGCGCAACCCCAGCAAUGAGCUGGCGCACGCCCAGGAGGAGGAGAUCAUGUCGCUUCAGAUCAAGCACAGCGACCACGAGGGGCACGACCUGGAGCCUCUGCGGCCCCACGAGAUCCUGCGGCCGGCCUGCCCGCCCGACUACACCCUGGCGCUGCGCAGGGCGCCCGACGACGUCCCCCUGAUGACCCCCAGCACCAUCACCAUGAUCCCCAGUACGAUCGGCGGCAUGCAGCCCCUCCACUCGUUCAACACCUACCCGGCCGGGCACAACAACACGCUGCCGCACCCACACUCCACCACCCGGGUAUAGUCCGGAGCCGGGCACAGCCUCCGGCCGCGUCGCCAGGGGAGACAGAUCCACACCUGGGGGCCCCCACCCUCGAGGACACGCUAGGCCGAGGUUCGACUGGAUCCGACAACCUUUCGGAACGUGAAGCGUUUGAGCUGAAUAAUUACAAUAUUUUUCCACCCACAUGACACACUUUUUUUGAGGGGGGGGGGGGUGGGGAAAAAGAGGGCGAGGCAAACCCUCCCCCCCCCCACCACCUCCCGCGCGAUGUCUCUGAGGAAUCUUCCAAAACACUUGUCGAGGAAACGGGAGGCCCCGGCCUUCCUGCGGUCCCGUGACCAUUCAAUGGGAUAAGCCCCAAUCGAUCCUUGUUGAAAAAACGCGGCGGUUUGGAGUGUUGAACUCGACGGUUUGAACCUCUGAUCGUUUCUUUCUGUUUAAUUUCGGAGUGGUUUUUUUUUCCCGCCGCCGCCGCCGCCGCCGAGGAAAUGGGUUUCGACGACGGGCCGCAUUACCUCAGAGCUGAGCUCUUUUGUACAGCACGUAUCCCCUCCGUUUCUUUCCCACUGACAAAAAAAGGUGGGCGCGGGAAGGUGGGGGGGUAGGGUGAGCGGCGGACUCGAAUAAAAACGGACCCGACACCAACCAAGUGGACGUUAAAGUUUAAAAAAAAACACACACACACACAGGACACACGUGACAAUUCGGGGAGCCUGUUCCCCCUCUGAACUGACCAAUCGCAGUGGGUUUCUAUUCCCGCCCACCUCUCUCACGGAGGAGGCCCGAACCGUUACCGGAAGUUGCGUUUCACCCGCGGAACGCUUUUCCGAGCGGGAGCCCGUCAACGUUGGCAGACUUAUCCUCGGAGGCGCGGGAGAAAUAAACGGCCGCAGCGCGCGCGCGCGCGCGUACGCGCCCCGCGAAGCUGCGUGGGCGGGGCCGGCUGAAACAAAAUGGCGUCCCCCGGGUCAGUCAGGGGAGGCCGCCGACUGGCGGGAAGCCCCUCCCCCCCCUUAAACCCUCCCGCGUCGGCGCAGUAGGUGGACAACGACGCUCGAGGGAAGGACAACGACAGCGUUUAUUCGGGCGGACGUCCCCUGGGUUGGGUUGCCGCUGACGGCUUUGGGGGGAGGGAGGAGGAGGAGGGGGGGGAGGGUCUUCUUGGCGAGAGCGGUCCAGGAGGCUGAGGGAUAGGGUCACCCUUCCCUGAAACUCG